UAAAGCAGACAACUGCCCUGAGUCGAGGUUCAUUCUCUUUCUGAGGGAGACACAACGGUCGGUCAGAGAAAGUGUGCAAGGGAGGAGAGAAGAAAGCAACAGGAAAAGGAGAGGCAGGAAGGCAGGAAAAUCUAUCAGAGCCAGAAAAAAGACAGACAAGUAUAAGUGGAGAAGGAACGGCAGGCUUUAUAAAAAGCAGGUAUGGCUGACAACGACACAAAUCUCUUUCUGGAAAUACUUCAGUCCUACGAUGUUGUCCCCCUCAUUAUAGCCUUCUGUGUCUCUGUCGCCGUGGGUCUGGUCUUGGGAGCCGUCGUCUACGUAAUCCUGACCUGGAUGUCCAGGCGAAAAGCAGGCUCUGCCAGAAUCACCCCUCGACCGUCACGACAACUUCGCACCUCACCUAGGAACCGUCCCGGCUUCACCCGCAACAGCAGCUAUGAUCGACGGAGCAACAACAGUUUGCUGAACGCUGCCUUCACUUUCCACCGGCAGAAUUCUUCACCUGAUCACAUGGACUCAAACAAGUCCAGCUUCAGGGCCUCGACCUUUCACCCACUGAUCCAGUGCAGCCAGUUAGCCAGGGAGGCAGAGGUGGGCAGCCAGACGUCGCUGCCACAUACUCCGACGUUGACCACCACCACAGGAACGGCUCAGACGCAGACAGCCACCACACCUUCUCGACCUGAGUCCUUCUGGGGAAACAAUGGUCUCCUGGGGCUGCAGGCCACACAAACCCCACCACCAGCUUAUGAGAGCAUCAUCAGAGCUUACCAGGAAACAUGCACCUGAGCAAACAUGCUAGAUUGCUAGAACAGAUUAUAGUUGGACUACAUGUAUAUUUAUUUUUAAAUAACUAAAACUGUUGAAUUUUUCUAUUCAACUUAGAAGCUGUGACUUAGUGGUAAAAUACUUUCUUAUUUCCACCAAAAUAAAUCAAUGAGUCGAAAGAAUGAUUAAUAGGAAUGCCAGAUAUUUCUACUCUGGAAGGACUAAAGAGCAUUCUUUACUGUAGAUAGAAACAUGAUUUUACUAUCACAAUCUACAGACAUUUUCAGUCUUAACAACGUUAACAAACCACUGCGUUGUGGUGCGCAAAAGGAUGGGGUCAAGACCAAAUUUGUCCAUUACUCGGUUCUAAUUCAACCUGCAAACAAUCCAUUCAAAUUCCUGGUCGUGUGUCAGUCAAACUUCAAAAGAAAAAAUGUACGAUACAAGUUGAAUCAGGGAAUAGCGUCAAUAAUCGUGUCAAACUUUAAAGGCUGAUCUAUUGAAAUACAUGUUCAAUGAAUCAACGGAAUUCCCUUACAACAAACCAUCGGCUGGGUGAUCAUAUGCAAACUAUCAUACCGCAUGUUAUUAUGGAUAAAAAUAGACAAGUGUUGUCCUUAAACACACAGCAGAUGCUUAAUUAAAUAUCGUUGCAGAACCCUGAGGCAGGAAUGUUUUCAACUAUUUGAUGUUUUAUUUGCAGAAUCACAUAUGUUUUGGGUUGUGGCAUGGGGUGUGUUUGGUUUUCAGAAUAAGUGUCUGUGCUGGUUGAUGCGUGUGUUGGAAAAAAUGGAAGAAGUGGGCAUUACGAGACAGAUGUUUUGGGAUAGUUGAGAUGUCAUUUACUGAGGUUUCCCCGCUCGAGAAGGCAAUAAAGAGCAGCCUCAUGUGAACCAAUAAAAAC